AUGCACACCUCCGGCCUAACAAACACGCCCCUAACGAAAACCCUCUUAAUCUACACCCUCGCCUCCUCCAUCGCCCUCUCCGUCCUCGACAUCAAACACCUCGCCCCGAUCCACGUCUCCCCACAUUUCUGGCCCUACGGCCAAUUCUGGCGCGCCCUGCUAUGGCAAGUCGCGGGCUUCACCAAUUCCACGGAGGCCCUGUUCGCCGCCAUGCUGGUGUACCAAUUACGGGUUAUUGAGCGCGCAUGGGGCGCGAGGAAGUUGGCUACCUUCCUCCUAACAACUUUCCCUUACACAACCCUCCUCCCACCCCUACUCCUGACGGUCCUCCUCCGUCCGCUCUCGCUCUCAAAACUAAACUACCUGCCCUCUGGGCCAACGGCGACCAUCUUCGCCUUGCUGGCGCAAUACCACCUCUCCAUCCCGCAUACGUUCCGCUACCGAAUCUCGACGUCCAGUUCCAAGCCCGCUGAUGACGACGCAACGGCGCAGUCGACGGGGAAGUCCCUGACCUUGCUUUUCUCGGAUAAGUCGACGACGUAUCUGGUCGCGGCGCAAUUGGCGCUGUCGCAGUUUCCCGGUGCGCUGUUGCCGGCUGUUGUUGGGUGGUUUGUGGGGUUGGCGUGGCGGAUGGAGAUGUUGCCUGGCGUGGGGGCGCGGUGGAGGGUGCCGGCGUGGGUUGUGGGUGAGAAGGAGAGGGCGAGGAGGGUGGUUGGGCCGUCAGGUGGGGAGGAGAGGUAUGAGGAUUUGAGGAGGAGGCUGGAGGGCGAGGCGGCGGCGGCGGCGGCGGCCGAGGCGAGUGGUUCCUCUGCGGGGCAGGGUUCGGGAGUUGGGUUGAGACAAGGGAGGAGAGUUUGA